AUGGCAUCUACUUGGGUGGAUGCUGAAAUCAUUUCACAGUGGUAUGAAAAGCAAAAUGGGUAUGAAGUGUCCCUGGUCAAGCUCACAUGGAGACAGCCUGUUGGUUCUGUGAUCUUUGACAGCCGGGCAGGAACAGAAGCAGCCAAGAAUGCAUUGAAUGGUAUUCGCUUUGACCCCGAGAACCCACAGACCCUGAGGCGAGAGUUUGCCAAAGCCAACACCAAGAUGGCCAAGAACAAGCUAAUGGCUACACCAAAUCCCACCAAUGCUCACCCUGCCCUAGGAGCACACUUCAUCGCACAAUACCCCUAUGACCUGAUGGGGGCCACUCUGAUUCCCGCAUCCCUAGAUGCCUGGGCCCCCUACCCUCUGUACACCACAGAGAUGACCCCAGCCAUCUCACAUGCUACGUGUACCUACCCAGCCACCACUGCUGCUGCCGCUGCCGCCCUACAUGCUCAGGUGCACUGGUACCCUUCCUCCGAUACCACCCAGCAAGAAUUGAAAUAUCGUCAGUUCUGUUAGUUCUUCAGUCUGGUCACCACAGCUCGAA